GCCUCAUCAUCGCUCAUCAUUCUACAGACAUUCCAAGUAACAGGUCUGGGCCGCCGCACGUCGGCAGCCCAGAGUCGAUCAUCUGCUGGGCGGGUAGGCCGCACAGUGCGCAUCGGCUGGAGAGACACUACCAGCUGCAGGUGCAGGCCCUAUGGAGUUGCCGCUGCGGCGCGACGUCACUGAUACGUGCAUUGACAAAGUCUCAGCUCAACCCAGUUUCAUUAUCGAUAGGCCGACUGCAGAUUAAGAAGCAUCCAACUUCCUGCCUUCGCUUUGUGCCCACAGGCGACGGGACUGCAGCCUGUCCACUGCGCCCGUGGUCCCCAAACAAUCAUCGCACAAUGGGGCUUGUGCCAUGUCCAUCCGUCAGCUCCCUGACCAUGUCAUUGACAAGCUCAAGUCCUCGGCCGCCGUCACCUCGCUGAACGGCGUCGCGUGCGGGCUCGUCACCAAUUCGCUGGACGCCGGCGCCUCGCGUAUCAACGUUCGCCUCGACUUUGCCCGCGGCGACUGCCUCGUCGACGAUGAUGGCUCCGGCAUAGAGCCUCGCGAGUUUCUCGAGGACGGCGGCCUUGCCAAGCUCCAUCACACCUCCAAGAUCCCCGAAUCUCCGGCCCUCCAUGGCAGACGGGGUGACUUCGUUGCCGCUGUGGCGGCUCUGUCAAUGCUUUCGGUGGCAUCCCAUCAUUACCGACACAUCUCGUCGGCUUACCUAUCGAUACACAACUCUCAGGUCUUGGCCCGGCGUGUUCCAGCACCCCCAGAACAACGUUUCGACGUCUUCGACCAUGGCACCCGGGUGUCCGUCCGCUCUCUGUUCGGAUCCAUGCCUGUCAGGGUCAAGCAUCGAGCGUCGGUUUUUCGGGAGCGUUCCGCCAUCGACAAGGAAUGGGGCAGCCUCGUUCGGGAAGUCAUGACAAUGCUACUCUCAUGGCCGAGCCAGUUGUCCGUGUCGUUACACGAGGCGAACACCCAGCGCCAAUUACGGCUCAAGUCCGGUUGCAACACAGAUCUCGUUGCGCGGGUGUCCAGUCUCUUCGUUCAGGCGUCACUGGCCGAUUCCGCGGACGCCUCAUCGUGGGUCCCCGUGUCAGCUUCAUCUCGCCAGGUGCGCAUUAAAGGAUGCGUGUCCACAACUCCGGUUGCUACAAAGCGGUCGCAGGCCAUGAGCCUCGGCAUUCAGGCCAUACUAGACAGCCACGACUCAAACGUUCUCUACGACGCCGUCAACAAGGUGUUUGGCAACUCUAGCUUUGGUGUUGUUGAGGAUGCUGAGGGAGCAGGCCCGAACUCAAAGCUCCGAAAGGGGCUUGAACGAUGGCCCAUGUUCUACUUUCAAAUCCACUUGCUCGGAUCCAGCGUCCAGUCGAGAGGACUUGAUGACUCUCAGAAUGCGCUGAGUGACAUUGCGGGCUUGCUGCAGACGAUCUCCUUUGAGUUCCUCAAGAAGCAUCGCUUUCGGCCUCUGGCCAUCGAAAGACUGUCAGACAAGUCAAUAUUCUCUACAGCAAAGGUGCUGAAGCGCUCAGGCAAGUCAUCCAGCCGGUCACCUGCACCAUCACAGGGAAGAACCAGCCCGCCGCUACCUCGUGACUCUGCUCGCGGAGUCAGAGCAGAGAGCCCCUUUGGCGAUUGGCAUCGCGAGAAGGUUGGGUGGGCAAUGUCCAAUCUCCACGGUCCAAAGCCACUGCCGAAUGAACGGGGCCGGAGGCAAUCUCCAGGCGCAGGUAGACGACGCCUGGUAGGCCAAGGUGGAAAACUCGUCCGCAAGCCGUUCGAAGACCCUCUGAUGGACGAGUCAGAGCCCGUCCAGUCCGCGGAUGGCGUCGUCAGAGCCAAUUCCGCCUCCGAGUGCGCACCUGACGCAGGGCACCAAACGAAGCGUCUCCGAGUCCUCGCGAGCCGGCCCAAGCCUGCUCCUAGCCCAUGGCUUCAGGGAAUUCUCGACUCAUGGAGGAAUCCGGUCUUUGAGACCGCUCCGACAGCAGUGCCCCAGAUUUCUGGUGAUGACCCCGUGGGCAUCCUAUAUCGAGGCACGUCAGGCUUGCAUCACUGCCAGAGCAAAGAAGCGAACGUCAAUCUCGAAGUAGGAUCCGUCAGCCUUGCCGGACGUCUCUCGCGUUCUGCCAUGGCUGAAGCAGAAUUUGUCGCCCAGGUCGAUCGCAAAUUCAUUCUCAUCAAGCUGCCUUUGGUGUCAGCGACUCAAAUGCCUGCUGACAGAAAAUCGCAGGCACUAGUCAUGGUGGACCAGCACGCAGCCGACGAGCGAUGCCGAUUGGAAGAGCUCAUGGCGGGAUACUUUAAUAGAGAUGCAGAUCUCGUCAAGCCGGUGACGCAGUCAUUGGACCAAGACAUUGUAUUUGAAACGCCGAAAGGGGAGGGUGAGCUCAUCGAUCGUCAUCGCGGCCAUUUCCAGGCAUGGGGCGUCUCUCUUGUUGUCGAGUCGGAACCAGGCGCGUUCACGGUCAGGGUCACGGGCCUCCCGCCGAGUAUACUCGAGAGAUGCCGCGGUGAGCCUCGCCUCAUCAUCGAUCUAAUACGCAAGGAGACGUGGGCGCUGGAAGACAGCAACGCCGUUCCAGAGCGGUCCCUCUCGCGGGAGGCGCGCAGGUCAUGGCCGUCUUGGUUCCGCGGCUGUCCACCGGGGAUCCUCGAGCUGCUCUUCUCGCGGUCCUGCCGCAGUAAGUGACCACCCAGGCAGCACGACCCAUUCAGGCACUUGAGCAGGAAGGGCCACGGUCUCUAACACACGUGUCCUUCUUCGCAGGCGCCAUCAUGUUCAACGACGAGCUGACGCCCGACGAAUGCCGAGCGCUGGUGGGACGGCUCUCGCGGUGCGCAUUCCCGUUCCAGUGCGCACAUGGGCGGCCGAGCAUGGUGCCGCUGGCGGAUCUAGGUCCGGGAAGCAGCCGCAUCGGGGGCUGGCGGGACGGGACGGCCAUCGAGGCGGAGCGGUGGAAGAGCUGGUGGAUGGAUAGGCAAGACCAGGGACAGUGAGGCAGUGAUGCUCGGAACUUGACCGAAUAGGGGGAUGCGGACUGUGGCUGGUGAUGGCUUGUUUUGACGUCGGUCGAGCAGACACAUCACGAAGUAGAGCAUCAAGAGUUCACAAUCGGCGAACAACAGCAAGGGAAAAACUACUUUUCGACCUGCCA